GCCGGCUGGAGGGGCGAAGCUAGCCGCGCUAGCUGGCUACAAGCUAGGCUACUCUCAUCAUCACAUCAAAGGAUUUCUUUGUUGUUUGAUUUCCGGCGACAGUCGUUAAAACCGUCCGGGCAACAACACGACGACCGUUGUUACCGAACAGUGGUUCAUCGGCGUUUAAGGUGUAACAGUCGGACGUGUGUGUUGUAGUGCUGGACAUAGCUAGCUAGCGAGAAAACGUUAGCCCAUAAUGCUAACAACAACCAAAGUCGCUAACUGAAGCGGAGUCGUGCCUGCGUCGAUACCGGAGGAGUUGCAGACCGUCAGUUAGACCGUCGGUGGAUUUAUUAAAGCACUUUCGCCGGACGAUGGACGAGCUGGUCCACGACCUGGUGUCAGCCCUGGAGGAGAGCUCGGAGCAGGCUGCUCGCGGUGGCUGUGGGGACGGAGGAGACCACGCACUGGCCGUGGGCUGUCUGCUGAAGAGGCAGGCGCGGAAGCGCAGGGGGAGGAAGCGGCGCUCCGACAACCCGCAUCCACCCUGGGAGACGGGCCACCUCAGCGAGGGGUCAGAGUCCAGCGUGGAAGAACACAAGGACUACCGUGCCAGUACGGGAGGCGUCUCUGCUGCCAACAGCCAUGCCCGCGACAACAGCGACUCGGAUGAACAGCUCGGCCCCAAGCGGCGCACCCCCCUCACUGCUGACAUGGGACGAAACAAGCGGCCGCUCUGGACAGAUGACCUGGGUGUCCUGGGGUCUGCAGAGGGAACUCGCAGCCUCAGGCGGCGGCGCAAGGUCAAACGUAUGGCUGUAGACCCACCUGCAGAACCAGAACCCACCUCCUCCACCAUGCUCGGGCCCCCGCCUGUCCCCAAGGCCCGCGUUGGCGGAAGGCCACCCAGACUGGGUCUGAACGAGGACAGGAGUCCCAUGGAGCUGUGUGGAGGUGGCCCGGGAGGGAAGAAAGGGGUGAAAAAGAGGAAACUGGCCACCCACAGGCUGGGAGUGGAGGCCGCAGACGAAGGGGUGGUGGUGGAGAGCGAGGACCCAUUCUCCUCUCCAAUGGAUGGUUCCAAAGACAAAAUGGAGUUGGAGGAGCAGAAGGGCUCGGAUGAGGACAUGAGUGACAGGUGUGAAACCAGCAGUGUCAGUAACAGCAGUGACGGUGGCCUCUACACCAAUGAUGAGGGGAGACAAGCUGACGAUGAACAGAGCGACUGGUUCUACGAGGGUGAGCCGGGCUCCGGCUCAGGGCCCGGAGGUGCGUGUGGCAUAGCGGGAGUGGUUCCGUGGUGGGAGAGGGAGACGGGGUCGGAGGAGCUGGACCUGGCUGAUCCAGUCUUCAACAGCAUCCUCACUGGAUCUUUCCCACUCAUGAGUCCUGGAGCACAGAGAGGUUUCCAAGCCAGACUGAGCCGUCUCCAUGGGAACCAGCAGGCAUCUGAGGCGGGGCUGCCGGGCAGCUCCAGCCAGGGCUUCAGCGACCGACUGGGUAGACAGACCCAGGACCCCCACGAGCCUUGGUUUAGCUCUGGCUCGAGGAGAGAACACGGACAGUUGCACUGGGACCCACGGACAGACAGAGGGCACCGGAGGAGCUGCUCAGUAAAAACCGCCAGCAGGCAGACCAGCGGGCACCUGGGCUCUCUAUGUACAGGGGAUGUCAAGCGGAGACGAAAAGCAGCCCCCCUCGGUUCAUCUGCCCCCUCAGUGGUCGGGGAGAGCGCCGCUCCCAUCCCAGACACCAACAUGGGCAACCGCAUGUUGCAGAGCAUGGGGUGGAGCCCAGGAAUGGGCCUCGGUCCAGAGGGAAGGGGCAUCACCGAGCCUGUUCGGGCCACACAGAGACCCAAAGGCACGGGUCUAGGCUUCAACUGAACAGCCACUUAACUUGGAUCCUGAACCUGAAGGAGACUGGGGACACGACACUCCAUGGAGAGAGAAACAGCUGCUCAGGGUGACGAACAAUAAGAACAGAAGAAUAAUCCGGACAUGCGAGUCGUUGGAAGGGAAGGAGGGAGGCUCGUGAGACUGAGCUUAAAGAGAAACUUUCCCAUAUUGGGGAAACCUUGAGAAGCCUGUGAGAGUGAACGACUGCAGCCCAGCUGGAGGAAAAUGCUUCUUGCAAAACGCGUCCUGUCGAGAAACUCCAUGUUGGAGGAAAUAAAUAACGUUGAUGCCUCAUUGUUGGUGUGUUAAGCUGGCAUGCUGCCUCAGCCCCGUCACCUCCAGACGCCGGCGCUACAUGCCUCAGACUCGGGGCUGCUGUCCAUCAGAGACGGAGAGCAGCUGUCUGGAGCGAGCCAGGGAUGACAGUGCGGUUUGUUUUUAGCCAGCGGUUUUCGGUCUGUGAAUUAAUGACGAAUGAUUUUGUCCCAAUGUUGUGCGAGAAUCAAAAGACCGUUCUGUGUAGGCCAUACCUCAAGAUUUAUUUAGGCUCCUUUUAUGGUGAUGAAGUUACACUGUGGAAUUUUGUUUUCUCAUCUGUUUUAUUGCUCAUUUAACAGAGAAGCCAUGUCAUCAGAAUUAUUAUUUAUCUUCCCCCAAAACAAAAAAAGAUAAAUAUCAAAUCCACAAUUUUGGCUGCUGCUGAACACACGCUGGACACGUGAGGAGAAAGUCUUUCUCAACUGUCCUACUUUAGCCACGCUGUUAAGGUAUUUUAUUCUGACGAAUGUCUGUUACUGCCGACUGCUGCAAUGUUAGCCGCCCGCAGCCACGCUCAGUGACUCUACACACGGUAUAUAAUGACAUAACUGUACGACUGUCAGAUUUAAGCAUUUCAGUGUUUCUCUCUCCAGGUUUACAACAUCCCCGAAAAAAAUUGAUAAAUCUAGCCAAUAUCAGUUUCUGCAAGUAUUGCUGACACAUGCCACAUACCAAAGGUUAGUAUGUGUCAUGUGUCAAGGUUCAAAGUCUUUUUCUUUAAUUUUUUUUUUUUUGCUGGAAUGUUGGACCUUCUGUCAGGACUGAGGUCGAGUACAGACUGUGGUCCACAUGUAAUCAGAAACAUGCAACCUAUGAUAUACUGUAUGUGCAGGACCCAAGUACAAUCAAUGCUAUAGAGGAAGCAGGAGUUCAAUUACCUUUUUAUUUUUUUAAUUAGUUGUGGACCCACUGCCCUUCACUUUGUGAUAAUGUAACGAGUCUUCAUGUUGACGGUUGGGUUAUAUACAGUAGCUUAGUUAUCAUAUUGGCUUCCCCCCCUAGAUUGUUACCGAAUAGCGAUUUGAAAUAAAAUUUCAGCUCAUCUGAGAUAUUUAGGUCCAGGAAGUUGUACUGUAGCAAUAUUUAUCAUCCUAACGGGUUUGCUUUUUUUUAUAACCAUACAGCAGCAAAAUUAUAAUGAUUAUUGUAAAGGCCAGUUCUGAGAAAUGUCAGAUGAGCUGUCGGAGAAAGAAAAAAAGUGUAUUAAACUUGUAGACUGGCCAAAGUCUGUGGUUGUUACGGUUGUAUGACGCCGAUCCUUACACAUCUGGAUCUGAUGCCCUGUCGUGUCAUUUCAUCAUAAAUCCUAUUUUUUCUUUAUCCCUGCAUGUUACAGUUUGAGUUUGAUCUACUUAUUAGUAAGUGUCCUCUGACUUGUCAGCCCUGUGCUGAUUAAACAUGUUGAUACUCUCA